AAUGUGUACCGGAAGAAGACGUGGCAAGCAAUCGCUCUUUUUCCUGUUCAGCUUGUUGACAAAUGAAUUGUCGCCAGGUGCGGAUUCUGAAACCCCCUGUAAGAUACAUUAAACAGGAUCUCUGUCGUAUGAGGGAACAGCGGUCUUUCACAGGAAAAUGAAGUCCGGGGAGAUGUGCAGCAAACAGUUGGCGCUUCUGUGGGGGCUUCUGGAGGUUUGGAGCGCCGCCGUGACGGCCAGGGGGGGGUCGCCUACUUUCACAGAUGACAUCCCGUUCAAGAUAAGAUGGCCCGGACCCGAGUUCUCUCUGCCAACCUCUGGUGCCCUGUAUAGAGAAGACGACUUCAUUAUUAUGACAACAACAGACAAGGAGAAAUAUAAAUGCAUGAUACCAUCCUUGUCAGGUGGAGAUGAGGAUGAAAACAAAGUCUACACUGGCCCUAACCCUGCUGCUCUGCUGGAGCCACUCUUUAGACAGAGCAGCUGUUCCUACAGGAUUGAGUCCUACUGGACUUAUGAAGUGUGUCAUGGGAAGCAUGUGCGACAGUAUCAUGAAGAGAAGGAGACUGGACAGAAAAUAAAUAUCCAGGAGUACUUCCUUGGAAACAUGAUUAGAAAGAGUGAACCAUCACCAGCAGGACCUGAAUCCGAGAAAGUGGAAGAAAGUGACACAGAAAAACAAACUGAGACGGAGGUUCCGACUAAGAACAUAGAAGGCCAGCUGACACCUUACUACCCAGUGGAGAUGGGAAAUGGCACACCCUGCAUUCUGAAGCAGAACCAGCCGCGGUCCACCACCAUCAUGUAUGUCUGCCAUCCAGAGGCCAAGCACGAGAUCCUGUCCAUUGCUGAAGUCACCACUUGCGAGUAUGAGGUGGUGGUGCUGACACCCCUGCUCUGCAGCCACCCCAAGUACAGGUUUAAAACCUCGCCGGUCAAUGACAUCUUCUGCCAGUCCCUGCAAGGCUCCCCUCUUCGGCCCCAGCGCCUCGCCCAGCUGGACCGUGAACAGGAAGAGCUGCUCAGGCCGCCCUUCAGCUCCACCCAGGACAGAGAGGAGGAGGCUUCUUCACUGAGAGAGGAGCUCUUCUCUUCUACACAUAAGCCCAUCAAUGUGGGGGGGCAGGCGCAGGCGCAGGUGGCAGUGGGCACCACUCAUAUCUCCAGGCUAACCGAUGAGCAGCUCAUCAAGGAGUUCCUCAGUGGCUCCUACUGCCUGCAUGGGGGAGUCGGAUGGUGGAAAUAUGAGUUCUGUUAUGGGAAGCAUGUGCACCAGUAUCACGAGGACAAAGAGUCUGGAAAGAACAUUGUUGUGGUGGGGAACUGGAAUAAAGAGGAGCAUUUGGAGUGGGCGAAAAAGAAUAUAGCAAGAUCCUACCAGCUGAAGGAUGAGGCUGUUCCGAAAGUAAAAGUGGUUUCCCAUUUCUAUGGCCAUGGGGAUGUGUGUGACCUGACUGGAAAACCCAGACAAGUGAUCGUGAAACUUAAGUGCAAGGAGUCCGAAUCCCCUCAUGCUGUCACUGUAUAUAUGUUGGAGCCGCAGACCUGCCAGUACAUCCUUGGGGUGGAAUCACCCGUUAUCUGCAAGAUUCUGGACACAGCAGAUGAGAAUGGGCUGCUUUCCAUUCCAAGCUAGCCUGUAACUGCAAGAGACACAAUAGGAGUGAUCCAGACGGAUGGCCUGCGUGGCUCGCUAUGAAGGUGGAUCAAGGGAGACAGGUCCCCCCAAGGGCCCGAGCUUUGUCAACCAGAACACCAACCUCAGGACAGCAGUACCCUCCCCUGGGGGACAGAAGACGACUGUGCACUUGCUUUGGCAAAAUUGUGUGUGUGUGUGUACUGUAUAUAUGAGUGUAAAUACAAUUUAAAAAGGCUUUUAUUUCUGAGGAAAGAUGUGAUUAAAUUGAGGAUUAUUGUUAAAACUGUGGGUGAAUGAAUUGUUAAUUACCUGUGCUUGUUAUUUAAAGUUUGAAAAUGAUUGAUUUUUUUUUUUCUGUUAAGAAAUGCUUCAAGAGGAACGUCUAAAACUACAUAGACAUUUUCAUAACAAUACUACCUGGUUUAGGGAGGCAGUAUUUUAAUGUUACAAAACAUUUUGGAGUCAAUGAAGGCUAAACCCCUUUAAUGUCUACACUUUCUGAGUCCUGUUUCAGAAAAGCUCUCUUCAAGAGGAAAACAGUAGAAGAAGAGGGUAGGCGUGUGUUUUCAUGCCUGUACCUUUAAUACUUAAGAAAGUUUAUCACAGAGCCAUCCUGCUCAUGUUAGUGCAGCAAUCCAGCAGAGGGAGCUCAUUACUUUCUUUGCUCUUUCUAUGGUACACCACAUUAGACUUCCUGAAAGAAGCUGUUGAAAUGAGACCUCAAAGCAGAACUGCAGUAAAUCAGUAGAGCUUCACUCUUCUGCUUGUUAUGUUGUGUAAUUUUCAAGAUCUGAAUAUGUAAAUCUUGCCUGUAAAAAAUGAGUUCUCAACAAGUCAAAUUCCAUGAUUUUCCCUGUAUGUUACUUCUUUUUGGUUUGCAAUAAAAUACAUCACCUUA